CAACCAGAGCAUUGAAUAAAAGCAGAUAUAUCCAUAUUGUAAGUAAAUAAAAAGUGUAUAUAGUUGUUAUAAUAACAGUGAAAAAAAAGAAGAGUAUAUUGACAAGAUAAGAAUCGUUUUAUUGAUAAGUAGCUUGAUAUUUAUACUAAUGUUUCUAUAUAGUGAUAAGGAAGGUAAAUAUAAUAAUAAUAAAGGGGUAAAUAUAUUAAAGGGAUAUAUAUACUAAUAACUACCAAUUGUUAAGAUCUAAUGUAUAAGAAAGGAAAGAAGAAAAGGGAGAAAGGAAAAAGAAGGAAAGAGUCUCAAAUAAAAAUUCAGUGUGUCGCCAGCUCCCGAAAUUCAGAUCAGUCACACCAGGCAUAUCACAUUUGAAAAAUCGUCCAACUUGGAUAUGUAUAAAAAUCUAAUAUUAGCAUGAUGAAGCAGUUUAAAGAGGUGCAGAAGCCUUUUGUAUGUUACAAAUCCCUUCUCGUUAUGUAUCCAUUCCUUCUAUCAUCCACUCAUCCAUUCAGUUUUAUUCAAUUCAUACAAAAAAUCAUCACUACCAUCACUACUGUCGUUAUUCCAAGCUAUCUAAUAUGCAUAAUCCAUCCAUAUCCAACGCUUCGUUGAUUUCUAUAAAAUAGAAAAGUAUCAGUUGCAUUGUUUUCACUUUAUAAAAAAAAAAAAUAAAAAAAAAGAGUAACCUUGUUACCUAAAGUUUAUCUUGAUAUCGCCUUGUCUAAUGCAGAAUAAGUAGAAGUUGAAUAGAUUGAGUAAUUACUAUAAUAUGUAAAAAAGAAAGUAUCAGCUGCAUUGUUUUCACUUUAUAUAAAAAAAAAAUAAAAAAAAAGUAACCUUGUUACCUAAAGUUU